AUGCCUCGGGUAGCAGUCGUACCAGAGGUCCACACUCAUGUCUUGGCAGAAUUACACUGCCUGGACCCUCUUCUUUCCACUUUGCGGUUAGACUCCGGCAGGCUCAAGUGCACAUGUUUGGCUGUGUCGAGGAAGUGGCUCGCAUUGGGAACAUCAGCCGGAGGUUUGCACCUUAUUCAGAGGGAGGGAUGGAAGCAGAGAUUAAUACUUACUCACAAGGAAGGAUCUAUUACUCAGGUGUCGUGCUGUCCACACGAUGAAGACUUUGUUGCUGUUGCGACAAGUCAGGGUUUGGUGGCAGUGUGGGAGCUGCAGCUGGAGCGGCGUGGUCGUCCAGAGAGAGUGAGCGUCUCCUGGGAGCACAGGGGUCACAGCAUUACUGCGCUCUGCUGGGACACCAACACGCUCAAGGUCUUUGUCGGAGACUCGGCAGGCAAGGUGUCUUUUCUCCGAGCAGGAUCCUCUAAGCUGGGAAAGGGUUCAGGAUUUGUUAUGUUUCCUGUCCAAACUGUCACCACUGUUGAUUCCAGAGUGGUUCAGCUUGGGUACCAGGACGGUCGGCUGUUGGUGUCCUCUCUGAGUCGCUGUUAUCUCUGUGAUACAGAGAGAGAGAAGUUUUGGCGAGUUGGAAACAAGGAGCGAGAUGGAGAGUACGGAGCUUGUUUUUUCCCUCAAAACAAAGGAUUGUCGAUGGGCCAGCCCCCAUUGCUCUACUGCGCCCGGCCGGGGUCUCGAAUAUGGGAAGCCAGUUUUGAUGGCGAGGUUUUAAGCACCCAGCAGUUCAAACAGGCACUCAACUGUCCUCCUUUACCUCUCAUCACAUACAGAAAAGAACCACAUUACAAUCCAGGGCAGAAGACCCCCCAAUCAAUUGCUUUCCCUAAACUACUAUAUUUUGGAGAUCAAAACCUGCUCACCUGGACGAAUUCAGCCAUUUAUAUUUUUACCCCUCAUAAUGGCCAAGUUCUUUUAUGGACAGAGCUAAAAGAUGUGCUGGACAUCGCAGUCUACCGUAACGAUCUCUUCUGCUUCCGUGUCGGCGGCUGUCUGUCCCACAUCUCACUGUUGUCUGCAGAUCGCUGUGUUGAACGCCUGCUGCGACGAGAGUCCUGGUCUCUCGCGGCUGCGGUGUGUUGUAUGUUUCAGCACAACAUCAGCAUCAGUCGGGCCAGAAAAUCACUUCCCAUCGACCGCCUUGAACAUCUUCGGUCCCAGCUCAGUUCAAGCACUCACCCGGAUUUGAUUGGCCAACUAGAUGAGUUGAUUGCCAGGCUGGAACCCCUGGACUCUGCCUGCAGCAGCCGCAGAAGCAGCAUCUCAUCACACGAGAGCUUCAAUGUUCUAGACUGUGGUAUCUACAGAGUGAUCAGCCGUCGAGGCAGCCAAUCGGACGAAGAGACUAGCUCCCUCAUCAAUCAGUCCGUGUCGGAGGAGGAGAGACUCAAAGAAUUUAGCUUUACGCAUGAUGAAGAUCAAGUGGACCACGAUCCGAUGAGUGGCGAGCAUGCAGAAGCAGAGCGAUCUGAGCAAGGCCUUCAAUUUCACCUGCCCCUAUCAUUCCGCCCCAAACCCCCCCGCAUUGCACUGCAAGCCGUCAAAGACAGUGUUUCUAGUUUUGUCAAGAAGACUACUGAGAGGAUCAACACGCUCCAGAUGAACUCGGAGCUCUGGCAGCGAGCCGACUUUAGAGAGAACACACAUGUUGACAUGUCCGCCACGUUUGCUUCGUUCCCAGAUGAAGCAGAUACUGAGGUUUAUGCAGACAUGCCCAACACAGAGUCGGACCUGCUUGAACUGAAGUCGGCCACAGAGCAGGCCGUGUCCCAGAUGCAAGAUCCCUUACUUCUUCUGGAUCCUGAUUUCAUAGGAGAACUCCUCCAAGAGUGGUUGAAGACGCUGGAGCAAGUCCUUGGACCGACUCUCACCAAGUCAGCUGCUGUAGCUCCUUCAGAUGUAGAUCAUGACGCGUGGGAACCGCUUUUACUUACGCAGAAACCAGAAGAAGCAUCCGAAGAACACAAAGAGAGUUUUACACAAGAGAACACUGAGUCAGAGCAAGAUAAUCACCUCCCCUCAGAAGGCGAGAUGACGAUGCCUGAAGAAUCUGUGCGAUUAGUGUCUCCCAAAGUGCUCCCCUCCGAACUCCUGACUGAUCUCACCCAGCUGGCCACACUUUACACCGAACUGAGCUGCUUCAGAGAGCCAGAAGAUAUCAAGGCGUUGAACUGUGUGACUUUCCUGCGCCGCUACUUUUUCCUGCUGGACCAAGAGCGCAUCAGGCGCAUGUGUCUGCUUUGCUGCCAGGAGCAUCUGGAUGUGCAGAGCUCCUUCAUCCAGGCCAUGCUUGGUGUGACACAGUCCAGUAAAGUGGUGGAAGUCAUUCACAAAGGAGAUUUAGAGAAAUCACUUCGUUACCUGAGAGAACUGCAGCCCUGGAGUCCUCCGGUUCUCCUCGCUCACAUACACAGGUUAUACGAGAAGCACGGCGAGGCUGCUAUCCGCUCCCUUCCCCCCUUCUAUCCCACCAUUACACCUGCAGAUGUGAUGCAGAUGGCUCACAAAAGUCACUUCCUGGCCUACCUGGAUAACCUGCUCCUGUCCCAACCUGAGGAACAAAGGUUAUCAUUCCUACAGUCUCUGCUUGACCCGGAAUCGCUACGACUGGAGUGGCUUGAGCUGGCACUUAGCCACGAUGCACCUGAGCAAUGCGAUACAGUGACACCCGAGGGACAGCCCAGGAGGAAUUCUCAUUGUUUCCGUUGGGGUUACGGACGUCUCCUGUCUCUACUGAUCCAACUUCCCGCCGACUUGUCAUCCAAACAGAAGAUGGCAGAAGCCUGUCGCAGUCAUGGUUACUGGACAGGAUACCUCCACCUGUGUAGUGAGCUGCAGCAUCGCGAUGAAGCUUUUGCGACAAUCUGCCACUUGGAUGACAUCAGCCUGCUGGAGGAACCGGACGGUGUGACGCCUCAAACCUUGUCCGAGUGGAGGCUUCUGAUGGAGUUGGCUCAGGACGGCAGCUGUACGUCAGACCUGAAUGGAGACGCUUUGUCCAACGGUUCCACGGACUGCAGCGGGAAGGUCAGCACAGAGAACUUAAUCUUGCGUCUGGCCCGCACGGUCGGGCCGGAGCGUGCCGAGGCCAUCCUGGAGGAGUGGGGAGUGCAGCUGAGUCUUUCUCCUCACUCCCAGUUGGUGUGUGAGCUCCUCAAGAUGGCCGAGAAGAGGCAACGGGCAGCCAUUCAGACCAUGCUGGAGCGCUGCGAUCGCUUCCUGUGGUCCCAACACGCCUGA